AUUUGAAACUUUCUUCUACAAAGCAGUUCAGAGCCUCUCUCACAUCCGCGCGUCAAAUGCUGGAACCGCAUAAACGACGCCGUUUAUACCUUUAACGAAAAAGUCAAGGCUCGCUUUCCACUCGCUCGAGUCGUCGUUAAGUCGUUUUGCUCCCUUUCUCGUCAGAGACUCUCUCACUGUCUCUCACCGUUUCUCGUUCCUGAUCAGAAAAGAAGAAGAACGCAUGGCCGUAGCUGAACCCAAGCCUCACUCGGAACCUAAGGUCUGGAACUUCUUCAAGCGUCCCUUUCGCCAUUCCUCAGCUACCUCCGGCGCCAUGCCUCCCAAUACCUCCACCACGACGUCGUCUCAUCACGGCUACCACCACCACACCAACCCUACCUCACACAAUCCUCCGCUCGAUGGCUCCUCCAACCACGCCUCUAGUUCCGUCUCUUCUGUAGCAAGGUCGUUCCUCCCAACACGACGUCGUCUCAAGCUUGACCCUUCCAACAAGCUCUUUUUCCCUUAUGAGCCAGGCAAACAGGUUAGGAGUGCUAUCAGGAUUAAAAACACCAGUAAAUCCUAUGUAGCUUUCAAGUUUCAAACGACUGCACCUAAAAGCUGUUUCAUGCGUCCUCCUGGGGCUAUCCUCGCACCGGGUGAGAGUAUCAUAGCAACCGUGUUCAAGUUUGUAGAGCAACCAGAAAAUAAUGAAAAGCCAGAAAAAACUGGACUCAAAUUUAAAAUCAUGAGCUUGAAGGUCAAAGGAUCAAUUGAUUACGUCCCUGAGCUGUUUGAUGAGCAGAAAGACCAAGUAGCAGUGGAGCAGAUUUUGCGGGUUGUUUUUCUAGAUCCAGAGCGUCCCACCUCAGCUUUGGAAAAACUGAACCGUCAGCUGUCUGAGGCUGAUGCUGCACUCGAGGCACGCAAGAAACCUGCAGAAGAUGCAGGUCCUAAGAUCAUUGGAGAAGGGCUUGUCAUAGAUGAAUGGAAAGAAAGGAGGGAAAGAUACCUUGCAAAGCAGCAGGGCGACGUGGUAGUAGACUCUGUAUAGUGGUGUUGGUCUGGAAAUACAAUGAUUGAAUAGGAAAGAACGUUGUGGUUAAGUCUUCAGAGAAUCAAAUUAUAAAAUCUCAGCAUUGUCUUUUUUAGUUUAUAUUUUUUGGUAAGAAAAAUAUAUCAGGUGAAUGGCAAGUGUACUUUGGAGAAAACUGUGCUUGGGUGGGCGAUCAUCCUAUAUGUAGAUAAAUGUCAUUUUGUAAUAGGUCUGCUGUUUUUGAUGGGUUGAUGUGAAAUAGUUUAUUCCAGUUUGCAACUUUGCAUAACGGAUUGUUGCCAUGAUAUAAAUUCAAUUCCUCUACUGCCAUGAUGGCUCAAAUUCUCGGAGUGGGAAAGAAUCAUUGAGCGAAGAGAUGUUUGUAAGUUUGAUAUUCCAUUCAAAAACUAGAAUCAAGUUUGUCUAUGUACAUACACUCGAUGACUUUACUGGUGGUGUUCCUUCUCUGAGAAGUGAUUCAUCUUCUUAAGAAACUAGAUGUCAUUGUGUUAA